CACAUAGACAGGAAAGAUAGGACAGCUCGAAGACAGACAGACGGACGAAAAGACAAAUGGACGAAUGGAAGAACAGAUAAACGAUAAGAGAGACGGAUGAUGACUGGUGAACCAUCAGAGAGACAGACGUACGGACAGACAGAAGAAGGCGCAAGGAAAUAAAGAGGGAUUGGCAAAUGGGCCGACCGAUUGACUGUCAGAAGAACAGUGACACAGAGAGACAGAUGAGAGAGCUUGUUAUGUUGAUCAAGAAUAAGAUGGCCUCUAGCACAUGUAGAACUAUAUAGUUCUAUUCACAUGAAAUAUAUGAAUAUGUGUAUAUUAGACGCUUAUCAGAAGCAAAGCUCAGUUAUACAAUGAAUAUCGUCUAAUAAAGAAAGACAUCAAAUCUAUUCAGCAACUCAUUAAUCUAUAUGCUGUAUUGCUAGAGAGUCGAAAAGUAAAGCGAGAAACUUUAGAUACGCUUGCGCAUUGGCUGUGUACAUUUAUGAUAAGCAUCGGCGCUGGUUCAGCUGACAUGCCACAUGCCUCAGUGUGGCACAGUAGUCAUUCAGUUCCGUGCAACUGCGGCUGGCCGAGCGUGCGGCAUGUGCGCCAAGUCGCAAAGUUUCUGGGAGCGGCACGAGCUGAAGUUCUACAGGUAUGGCCACAUCUAUGCGAGCAUCUGCGGCCAGGUGAUCAUAGACUAUGCGCCGCAGCGACCGAUCCGAGCGCCGUUCAAGUUGCUGCUCAUCGCCUAUAGCCACGUGCUGAGCCUGCUGCUGAUUGUCGUCCUGCCCGGCUACUUUGGCUACAAUUACCGCGCGCUGACGGCCACGGACGACCGCCGCAUCCAGCUGGUGCUGUAUGUGGGCUUCGCCAACACGCUCAUCAAGUACGCCACCGUGAUUGUCACCUAUGUGGCGAACACCUGCCACUUCGAGGCCAUCAACCAGCGCUGCUCGCUGCAGCGCGCCCGCCUCCAGGCGGCCUUUGCCGCCAGCUACCGUGGAUCCGGUUGGCCUAAGCGCAGCUUCGAGCUGUUCAUGUACCUAAAAUUCGUGCUGAUUAACCUGAUGAUUAUUGUCCAGAUCUGUGCGAUAUUUGCCAUUGCCCGCAUCGACUCAGAUACAGACUCCGACUCCGACUCCGACUCCGACUCGGCUGCAGCUGCCCAAGGGAGGCGACUGCGUAUUCAGUUCGCCAUCUACGCCUUCGUCCUGUGGAACUAUACGGAGAACAUGGCCGACUAUUUCUACUAUGUGAACAGCUGUGUGCUGCUGUACUUUCGCCUGCUGCACAUGCAGCUGCAGGAGGAGCUGGAGCAGCUCAGGCGACUGGGCUGCGGCAGGCUGUUGCUCUACGGCUGUCGGCUGUGCGAUCGGAUUGGGUUGCUGCGGGAGCGCUACGCUCAGAUACACGGCCUGUAUGCGGACAGCUUUCGGAUGCAUCAGUUCCAGCUGCUGGGCCUGAUGCUGACCACGCUGAUCACCAAUCUGACCAAUCUGUUUACCAUCUUCAAUCUGCUGGCGACGAGCUCGUGCGCAUUCGGCUCCUUUCCGAUUGCAGUGAGCGGCGUCUAUGCGCUGGGCUUCUAUCUGGACACGUAUUUGCUGUCGCUGGUUGGCGAGUAUAUCAAGGUGGAGCAGACGCGUCUGGCCCUCACCGUUCGCCAGUUCAGUGAAUCUCCAGCGCUGCAGCCGCCAAGCCUGAACCAAGAGUUGGAACAGUUCUCGCUGCUGCUGAUGCACUGCCGCCAGCCAAUGCUCUGUGGCGUGGUGUAUCUGGAUCGUCGUCUCAUCUAUCUAAUUUCCGUGACAGCCUUCUCCUACUUCAUUACACUCGUCCAGUUCGAUAUAUAUCUGCGCACGCAGCACAACAAAUGAUAUGCCCACCCGCCCCCUCUCAGUACUCCAAUUAGACUAAUGGGAUUAUAAUGGGAUUAUAUCAGCUGAAGGUGAUUUCCAAUUGGAAAUUGUCUACGUCCAAUUGUGUUACGCUUAGAUAGAGACAUUAUUUACGUAUUGAAUUUCUUGUUUAUUACGAAUGUUGCAUCGUUUGGAUGAACUUUUUAAAUAAUACAUCAUG